AUGUAUGAACACAAUCUGGUGCCCGGAUUUGAGCGCAGAAACUCACAACAAACAGUAAUCAAUGAAGAUACGAACCAAUCUCCAGAUUAUCAAUCGUUUCCUUUGAACGAUAUAAAUGUGGGUUCUUCACUGACAGUGUAUAGAUCCUUAUACGCCGAGCAAAUGUUUCAUCUCACCAAAUACGUGAAUAAACUUGCACAAUAUCCCAAUACUGAGGUCAUAUUGAUAAUUAUAAGGGACGAACCUUCAGAAAAUAGUAUCGUGAAUCUUCCACAAAAAAAAGUCUUUACAUUUGCUAGCUCGAAAUUGCAGCCAUUGUUGGCAAGAAUUGAGAGGGAUUCUCGUUUUAGGCGCCUCGCCCACACUGUUAACUCACAAGGUGAUAUGGAUCUUCCAGACGCCAUAACCCCAAUAUCGUUGGUUUUGCUAGGUUUUUCCUUAUUGCUGUCGCUUACAAUUUUGGGAUCGGUGUUUGUUGGUAUAGUGGCAACUACUACAAUGCUAGUGUCCUCUCUUUCAUUAUUUUUAUGGGGUCGGGUCAUGGCGCAAAGAAAAUCACCAACUAAAUACCAGGCUCUAGGCGAUGAAAUGGAUCCAGAAAUGGAUCAAGAACCGGUCUUGAAUGGCUCGCACAAAGAAGAUCUCACCUCCAGCCAUUUGCCUGCGAACCGAGCAGAAAUCACCAAUCUUCAGGCUGCUAUCACAGGUAUUGCUUGCGAAAUUUCCACCAAUGGCACUAGAAUAUUGUUCCAUCUUGAAAGGGAAGAAGCUACUAUUAACUAUGGCUCAUCCGGUUUAAAGGAUAUAUUAGGGAGUUGUCGCCGCACUUCCUCAGUAGAGGAGGAAGAACCGCAAACUACCACCCGUCGACUUGACAAGCGCAUCGACUAUAAGAUACUUUGUGUGGUAUUUUCCACCGUCACUGUCUUUGACAUCGCGGUGUAUUUCAAGUGGAAUACUGUGGAAAAUAUUGAAGUUUUCGCCGUUUCUGCAUGCUAUUGCAUGAUAUUCAAUGUAAUUUUUGGGGUGAGGCUCUUAUAUAUGUAUUCGAACGGCAUGGAAUGA